UAGAUAGAUAGAUAGAUAGAUAGAAAACCUAACCUAACCUAGCCUAUGGGAGGAAGACGGGGAUGUGAGAGGCGGACGUGAGCGUGUGAUGAUAUCCGGACGUGGACGUGUCUCCGGUGUAACGUAACGAGUGGAGGCGAUGACCGCCCUGCUGAUGUUCUCCUCUUCCUCUCCUUUCCCUUCUUUCCCGGUUUUUAUUCCUUCUCGACACAUCCCGCCUUCCCUCCUCCGAAUACAGACGGGAUUCUGCUGAUCCGGACCACCAUCUGUGAACAUCGGCGGUAAACCCCAGCUGUGGCCAGUGGGCAUGGUUUUGGAGGGUAGCUCAGAGGCGCUGUGUCCCACCCCAUCUCUGGAGCUGCGCCCAUCCUGCAACAAGAGCCAGCCCUCACCCCCCCUGGGCUCCAGCUCACAAACCAACGAAGGAGUCUUUCCUGAGGCCAAGGAGCCUGUCAAAUACGGCGAGCUCAUUGUCUUGGGACACAAUGGGUCACUGGCCAGUGGGGACAAAGGUCGCAGAAGAAGUCGGCUGGCCCUUUACAAAAGACCUAAAGCCAACGGGGUCAAACCUGAUGUCAUCCACAACGUCUCAACUCCUCUGGUGUCGAAGGCACUCAGCAACAAAAGCCAGCACAGCAUCUCCUACACACUGUCACGGAGCCACUCUGUUAUUGUGGAGUACACCCAUGACAUCAACACAGACAUGUUUCAGAUUGGUAGGUCUACAGAAAGCAUGAUUGACUUUGUGGUCACCGAUACAACGGGCAGUGGUGGUCAGGGUGGAGGUGCAGCAGGGGAGGGCGGAGGUGGAGGUCAGUCAGCCCAAAGCACAAUCUCUCGCUACGCCUGCCGGAUCAUGUGUGAACGCAGCGCUCCCUAUACGGCCCGCAUCUACGCUGCUGGCUUCGAUUCUUCCAAAAACAUCUUCCUAGGGGAACGGGCUGCCAAGUGGAGAACUUCGGACGGCUUGAUGGAUGGUCUUACCACCAAUGGAGUCCUGGUCAUGCACCCGACAGGGGAGUUUGUGUCUGAGCCGGCUCCCGGAGUCUGGAGGGAAAUCUCAGUCUGUGGAAACGUCUUCGCUCUGAGGGAAACCCGCUCUGCUCAGCAGAGGGGGAAACUGAUUGAAAAUGAGUCCAAUACCCUCCAGGACGGUUCACUUAUUGAUCUUUGUGGGGCUACCCUUCUCUGGAGGACCCCGGCUGGACUGCGCCACAUCCCCACCCUUAAACAGCUGGAGUCUCUCCGGCAGGAACUGAACGCUGCCCGGCCUCAGUGCCCUGUGGGCUUCAACACUCUGGCCUUCCCCAGCUUGGCCCAACGCGAGAUUGUUGACAAGAAGCAGCCUUGGGUCUACGUCAACUGUGGUCACGUACAUGGUUACCACAACUGGGGCUACCGCAAGGAAAAAGGGCCCACAAGCCCAGGGGGCACAGCACCAGCCAGUACUGGUGAGAGAGAGUGUCCCAUGUGCAGGAGGGUGGGUCCCUAUGUGCCGUUGUGGUUAGGCUGUGAGGGGGGAUUGUACUUGGAUGCUGGACCACCAACUCAUGCUUUCUGCCCCUGCGGCCACGUAUGCUCAGAAAAGACAGUGGUGGGGUGGAGCCAGAUCCCGUUACCCCACGGUACCCAUGCUUUUCAUGCUGCCUGCCCCUUCUGUGGUACCUGGCUGACAGGGGAGCAGGGCCACAUCAAACUCAUCUUCCAGGGCCCUGUCGACUAAAACAACACAAACAUGGGUUGUAGAAGUUCAGUCCACCAUCCUGUAAGCUGCUGGACUAAACCAAGGAGGACCUAGAAGAGUCAAGACUGUGAUCUGGUACAGAAAUAUGAAUGUGUUGAUGACAAGUACAGGAAAAUGACUGUUAAGGUGAUCAAAUAACAGCAAUAGUAGAUGCCAAGGUUUCAGUGGAAGAGGUGUCUGGAGAAUCUGUAAAUAAAUAGCGUUGAAAUGAAA